UGAAUAAUAUGUUUCAAAAUUGUCAGGUUUAUUUCAUUCUAUCUCGAUUCGAUAUAAUUCGAUUCGAUAAUUCGCAAUAAAUCGAUCACAUCGCGUGCGUGAUCAUCUGUUUUUGUGCCAAUUGGAAGAAACAGUGUGACCAGCCAACCAGGAAAGAAUAUUCCCGAGGGGAGCAGGAAUCUGCCAGCUGUGCACGUGAAGUCGAAAGCUGCGAAACAGGGUAAAUCUGUGAUCGAAUCCGAAAUGUCCAAGGCCAAGGGUAAGAAGAAGGAGCGCUUCGACGACAACGACGACGAGCAGUUGGAGAAAGUGGUGACGCAGGAGAAGAAGGCACCGAACAAGAAGGGUGGUGGAAAGAAGGGCAAGCGAGGCGGCGACUCCAGUGAUGACGAUUUUGCACCGCCCAAGGGCCGGGAUGCUGACGACCUAGAGAGCAUUGCCUCCUCCACGCAGAGCAAGCAACAACAGCCGAAGAAACAAGCCAAAAAGGGCAAGAAGGGCAAGAAAAACGAUGACUGGAGCGACGAGGAUGAGAAGCCAGUGAGGGCUCUGGCCGUCGACGACGAUGAGGACGAGGAGGAGCCACCGCAGGCCAAGCCAGCUGCCAAAAAACAGCCGCCGCCCAGCAAGAAAAACAAGAAGAACAAAAAGAAAAACGAUGAUUUCUCAGAUGAGGACGAACCGGAGCUGGAUCUUGGGGAGCCCGAUGAGGAUGAGGAGGAACUGCCGGCGGUGAAAGCUGCCAAGCCCGCCUCCAAAAAGUCCAAAAAGAAGCAGGCGCAGCAGCAAAAGAACAAGUUCGCCAUGAGCGACGAUGACGAUGAGGAUCUUGACCUCGAAGAGGAUCAGGUUGACUCCGAGGAAGAGCAGCUGCCCGUUAAGCCCGCUGCCAAGAAAUCUAACAAGAAGCAGAAGCAAAAGUUCGUCGCCAGCGAGGAUGAGAAUGAACCCGAGGCAGAGGACGAUGAGCAGCCCGAGAAGGAAGUGGAGGAGCAAAAGGUAGAGGAAGUGCUCAGCGACCAGGUGGCUGCCGUGACGCUCAAGGAGGAGUCUCCAUCAGUUCCUGAACCAACAGUGGAAGUUGCCCAGCCCGAAGAGGAACUGGAAGCCGAGGCCGAACCCGAAGACGAUCCCAAGUCCGAGGAGUCCAACAAGGAGGCCAAGGAGAAGAAGCUCACCCACAAGGAGAAGAAAAAGCAAAAGAAGCAGCAGGAGUACGAGCGUCAAAUGGAGCUGAUGACCAAGAAGGGCGGCGCCGGGCACUCUGAUCUGGACAAUAAUUUCACCAUGUCGCAGGUGCAAAAGAGCGCUGGACAACAGGCUGCCUUGGAGCAUGCCGUGGACAUCAAGAUUGAGAAUUUCACCAUCUCAGCCAAGGGUAAUGAUCUGUUUGUGAACGCCAAUCUACUGAUUGCUCAUGGCCGUCGCUAUGGCCUGGUUGGACCCAACGGACAUGGCAAGACCACCCUGCUCCGUCACAUUGCCACCCGUGCCUUUGCCAUACCGCCCAACAUUGAUGUACUGCUCUGCGAACAGGAAGUGGUGGCCACCGAUAAGACGGCCAUUGAAACGAUCCUCGAAGCGGACGUACGUCGCACCAAUAUGCUGAAAAAGGCCGAUGAUCUGGAGAAGCAGUUCGCUGCCGGCGACAUGACCGUCCAGGAGGAGCUAAACGACACAUUUGCGGAGCUCAAGGCCAUCGGUGCCUAUUCGGCUGAGGCCAGGGCUAGGAGAAUCCUUGCCGGUCUCGGUUUUAGCAAGGAGAUGCAGGACAGACCCACCAACAAGUUCUCCGGUGGCUGGCGCAUGCGUGUCUCCCUGGCCAGGGCUCUGUAUCUGGAGCCCACGCUCCUUAUGCUCGAUGAACCGACGAAUCAUUUGGACCUGAACGCCGUCAUCUGGCUGGAUAACUAUCUGCAAGGCUGGAAGAAGACGCUGCUGAUCGUGUCCCACGACCAGAGUUUCCUUGACAAUGUCUGCAACGAGAUCAUCCAUCUCGAUCAGAAGAAGCUGCAGUACUACAAGGGCAACUACUCCAUGUUCAAGAAGAUGUACGUGCAGAAGCGUCGCGAGAUGAUCAAGGAAUACGAGAAGCAGGAGAAGCGUCUGCGCGAGCUCAAGGCUCAUGGUCAGUCGAAGAAGGCGGCGGAGAAGAAGCAAAAGGAGUCGCUCACCCGAAAGCAGGAGAAGAACAAGUCCAAGCAGCAGAAGCAGGACGAGGAUGAGGGCCCCCAGGAGCUUCUCGCUCGGCCCAAGGAAUAUAUUGUCAAGUUCCGCUUCCCGGAGCCAUCGCAACUCCAGCCACCCAUUUUGGGUGUCCACAACGUUACCUUUGCCUUUGCCGGCCAGAAGCCUCUCUUCAUCAAGGCUGACUUUGGCAUUGACCUCACCAGUCGCGUGGCCAUCGUGGGACCCAACGGUGUCGGCAAAUCCACGUUCCUCAAGCUACUUCUCGGCGAACUGGAGCCUCAGGAAGGCGAGCAGCGUAAGAACCAUCGACUGCAUGUGGGACGCUUCGAUCAGCACUCCGGUGAGCAUCUGACGGCCGAGGAAUCGGCGGCGGAGUAUCUGCAGCGUCUGUUCAACCUGCCGCACGAGAAGGCGCGCAAGGCUCUGGGCUCCUUUGGUCUAGUCAGUCAUGCGCAUACCAUCAAGAUGAAGGAUCUGUCCGGUGGCCAGAAGGCACGCGUUGCCCUUGCCGAACUCUGCCUGAGUGCGCCCGAUGUGCUCAUCCUUGAUGAGCCCACCAACAACCUGGAUAUUGAGAGCAUUGACGCCCUGGCGGAGGCCAUCAAUGAGUACGAAGGCGGCGUCAUCAUUGUCUCUCACGACGAGCGAUUAAUCCGUGAAACAGGCUGCACCCUAUACGUCAUCGAGGAUCAGACGAUCAAUGAGAUUGAUGGAGAGUUCGAUGACUACAGGAAGGAGGUGCUGGACUCGCUGGGCGAGGUGGUCAACAAUCCCAGCGUGGUGGCCAAUGCGGCGGUGCUGCAAUAGCCCUGGACACUGGGAGUCCCAGCAUUAACAACAUCUCGUCAACCGGCUAGCCCUCUGUUAAUUGUUCAACUGUUUAAUGGUUUAUAGUUAGUUAGCCUUUUUAUACCAACCAAUCUAUAUAUAUUAUAUACAGCAACAAAUUGUGAGAGUAACAAAUU